GCAUUGUGUUAUGGCCAUAGACAACUACAAGGCAGCUUUUCCUUUUGUAUUCCACUUUUUUAACAAGUCCACGAUUGUUCUUCAUCUCUCUCAAUUCUAUACAUACAUCUCUCUGUAUCUCUCUCUCCACACACUCUCUCUCUCAUACAUACAUUAUUAGAUCAGCAUAUUAGAUUCUCACUCAACUUUUUUAGCUGAUCUAACACUCUCUCUCUCUCUCUCUCUAUCACUUGACUAUUCUCUCUCUCUAGUUUUUAUUUCAAUUAGAGUGACGACGUACAGCACUUUAUCGAUUAGUUCGUCAAUCUGUGAUUGUUUUAAUCCGUAACCUAGUUGUCAGGAUCACACUGUUAUAUGUAUAUAUGUGCGCUUGUAUGUAUAGGUUAGUUGUUUGUUUAGUGUGAUUUGGGGGAUUUGUAGAGUUUUUACUUUUGGUGAAUUUAUAGAAAUUGAUGGUUAAAUAGGGAGAAAUGACUUCAGAUGUUAACAGAACUACUGCUGGUGGUCAAGUUGAAAGAGAUGUCGAACAGGCCAUUACUGCCCUCAAGAAAGGUGCAUAUCUGCUUAAAUAUGGAAGAAGAGGGAAACCCAAGUUUUGCCCGUUUCGGCUGGCCAAUGAUGAGUCUGUCUUAAUAUGGUUCUCGGGUAAAGAGGAGAAACUCCUAAAACUAAGUCACGUGUCCAGAAUUAUUUCAGGCCAGCGCACUCCAAUAUUUCAAAGGUAUCCGCGGCCUGAGAAAGAGUACCAGUCAUUUUCUUUAAUAUAUAAUGAUAGAUCACUUGAUUUGAUAUGCAAGGACAAAGAUGAAGCAGAGGUAUGGUUCAGUGGUUUAAAGGCAUUAAUAUCUCGUGGUCAUCAGCGGAAGUGGCGUUCAGAAGCUAGAAGUGAUGGAAUCCCGUCUGAGGCUAACAGUCCCAGAACAUAUACGCAAAGAAGCUCCCCUUUAAAUUCUCCAUUUGGCAGUGGUAAUAGCUCACAUAAGGAUGGUGGUGAUCAGCUUCGCAUUCACACUCCAUAUGAAAGUCCUCCGAAAAAUGGCGUGGAUAAGACAUUUUCAGACAUGGUUUUAUAUACUAUGCCUCCUAGAGACUUCUUCCCUACAGAUUCGGCUAGUGCUUCUGUCCAUUCUAUGUCAUCAGGAGCCUCAGAUAGUUUGCACGGCCAGAUGAAGGGGAUUGGGAUGGAUACUUUUAGAAUGAGCUUAUCCAGUGCUGUUAGUUCAUCAAGUCAAGGUUCUGGUCAUGAUAAUGCUGAUGCCCUGGGAGAUGUUUUUAUCUGGGGGGAAUACACUGGUGAUGGUGUCGUUGGAGGGGGACCUCACAAAGUGGGUAGUAAUUGCGCAAAAGUGGAUUCCUUGCUGCCAAAAGGUUUGGAAUCUGCAGUGGUACUUGAUGUUCAAAAUAUAGCUUGUGGUGGACGACACGCUGCAUUGGUGACCAAACAAGGAGAAAUGUUCUCCUGGGGCGAGGAAUCAGGUGGCAGACUAGGGCAUGGAGUAGAUUCAGAUGUCUUGCAUCCAAAACUAAUUGAUGCCCUCAGCACUACUAACAUUGAGCUUGUAGCAUGUGGAGAAUUUCAUACAUGUGCUGUAACACUUUCAGGUGAUCUAUACACAUGGGGAGAUGGACAAUUUGGUCUUCUUGGCCAUGGUAACGAAGUGAGUCACUGGGUCCCUAAAAGAGUAAAUGGGCCACUAGAGGGUAUCCAUGUUUCAUCCAUCUCCUGUGGGACAUGGCAUACUGCUGUAGUGACCUCUGCUGGACAGUUGUUUACUUUUGGUGAUGGAACUUUUGGUGUAUUAGGGCAUGGUGAUAGGAGAAACAUUUUGAAACCCAGGGAAGUGGAAUCUCUUAAAGGGCUGAGAACUGUACGAGCAGCUUGUGGUGUGUGGCAUACUGCUGCGGUUGUAGAAGUUAUGGUUGGCAAUUCAAGUUCCAGUAAUUGUUCAUCGGGUAAACUGUUUACAUGGGGAGAUGGGGAUAAGGGGCGACUUGGCCAUGGGGAUAAGGAAGCUAAACUUGUUCCCACUUGUGUUGCUGCUCUUGUUGAACCCAAUUUUUGCCAAGUUGCAUGUGGAUAUAGCCUUACAGUUGCACUUACAACCUCUGGCCAUGUCUACACUAUGGGAAGUCCUGUUUAUGGCCAGCUAGGGAAUCCUCAAGCUGAUGGCAAGCUCCCGUCUCGUGUUGAAGGAAAACUUUUAAAGAGUUUUGUAGAAGAGAUAGCUUGUGGUGCCUAUCAUGUUGCAGUAUUAUCUUCAAGAACUGAAGUUUAUACAUGGGGAAAGGGUGCGAAUGGCCGGCUGGGUCAUGGAGAUAUAGAUGACAGAAAUUCUCCAACUCUGCUUGAAGCUUUAAAAGACAAGCAAGUCAAAAGUAUUGCCUGUGGUACUAAUUUUACUGCAGCUAUCUGCCUUCAUAAGUGGGUUUCUGGGGUUGAUCAGUCUAUGUGUUCAGGUUGUCGGCUACCAUUUAAUUUUAAAAGAAAGCGUCAUAACUGUUAUAAUUGUGGGCUUGUUUUCUGCCACUCUUGCAGUAUCAAGAAGUCUCUUAGGGCAUCCAUGGCACCGAAUCCAAAUAAAGCAUAUCGCGUGUGUGAUAACUGUUUCAGUAAACUAAAGAAAGCUAUUGAAACUGACACAUCAUCCCACUCUUCUAUAAGUAGAAGAGGAAGUAUGAAUCAGGGGUUUAACGAACUGCCUGAGAGGGAGGAAAAGUUUGAAUCCAGAUCUCGUCCUCAGCUUGCAAGAUUUGCCUCUAUGGAAUCAUUCAAGCAAACAGAUGUCCGCUCUUCCAAGCUAAACAAGAAACUAGACUUUAAUAGCAGUCGUGUAUCACCUAUACCGAACGGAGGUUCUCAAUGGGGAGGCCUUAAUAUCUCUAAAUCCUUCAAUCCAGUAAUUGUCUCCUCCAAAAAGUUUUUCUCAGCAUCUGUUCCUGGAUCAAGAAUUGUUUCUCGAGCAACAUCACCUAUAUCUAGGCGUCCUAGCCCACCACGUUCUACCACGCCAACUCCGACUCUUGGUGGACUUGCUUCACCAAGAAUGGUUAUGGCUGAUGCAAAAAGAACAAAUGACGACCUGAACCAAGAAAUCACUAAAUUAAGAGCACAGGUUGAAACUUUUACUCGAAAGGCCCAAUUCCAAGAGUUGGAGCUUGAAAGAACUACGAAGCAGUUAAAGGAGGCAAUAGCAAUUGCAGGAGAAGAGACUGCAAAAUGCCAAGCCGCGAAAGACGUCAUCAAGUCACUCACUGCCCAACUUAAAGACAUGGCUGAAAGGCUGCCUGUUGGAGCAUCCCGAAAUGUAAAAUCGACUUUUGCUUCUCUUGGGGUUAACAUCGCUUCCAGUGAUGUUUCAAAUGCAUCAAAUGAUUUAAUGAAUGGCCAAAUUGCAAGCCAAGAUCCAGAUUCAAAUGGAUUGAGUGGCCAAAUAUCAUCUAAUGGAUCAAAUCAUCAGUUUCUAUUAAAUGGGUCAAAUAACAAUCUAUUCCCUACUGCAUCGAAUGCAUUGAAUAACAACCAGCUUUUACUCAACGGAUCAAAUGCUGUCAGUGGCCGCCUUUCUGGUCAAAACAAAAUGGUGUAUUCAGAAGCAACAAUAAGAAAUGGGAGUAAAACAAAAGAAAGUGAUUCUCGUAAUGAUAGUGAAUGGGUUGAGCAAGAUGAGCCUGGAGUUUAUAUCACUCUUACCUCAUUAUCUGGAGGUGUAAAAGAUCUCAAGCGAGUUCGUUUCAGUCGGAAGCGGUUCAGUGAGAAACAAGCUGAACAAUGGUGGGCAGAGAACCGAGCACGAGUAUAUGAAAAGUACAACGUGCGCAUGGUCGACAAGUCAACUGUUGGUAUCGGGAGUGAGGACUUCACCUAGUGUUAUUUGAAUCAUCAUCUUAUGUACAUGAUUGUUUUCCUCUUUUUUUUCCCCUUUCGUUCUUUAUAGCAGUCGGAAGGAAAGUUGUUUUGAUAGAUUAGGAUUCAGCUGACAUCACUAUGAGAUUUGAAGCGUGGAACAUGAGGAAGAGAGAAGUAGAGGUUUCUUUAAUUUUUAUCCUCAUUAUAUCCACAAUGAUUUGCUUUUUCAUUAUUUUUCCUUGUGCUCUUUGUGUGAGGGAGCAAGAUUGAGAUUGUAAAUUCAGAUUAGGUUACUGGAUCUUAUCAGAAGCCAGUACUAUGUAAAUUCAGAAGAAAAUAUAGUCUAAGAAGUGCCAUCUGAUAAUCGCUUCUUUUCUUCUGGCAA